AUGCCAAGUCUCCCAAGUCAGUCCCACCCUCCCUUGUAUUUCCAGCUCGGCCAAAGCUGUAUAUAACUUGCCUACAGCCAGCUGAGCUCCCCAUCGAUCCUGUCCUGUCCAGCAAGGGAGACCUGGACUGGAGGAGGAGGACCUACCUACCCGGCCUCCAGCUCUCUCGUCUCUUCCUCCUCCUCCUCGAAGCUCCGAUCCGAUCCCCCAAUGUCUGACAGCAGUCCAGCUCCCGGCGCCUACUACUCCGGCCCUCCCGCCGCGCCGCCGCCCGAGUCUAAGCCCGUUGACGGCGGCCAGGUCAACGCCGAUGUUCCUGGCUACUACUCCUCCGUCCCUGCUGCGAAAUCUGGCGCCGGCGGCCAGGGCAGCUCCGCUGCUCCUAAGGAAUCGGGCUUCUUCGCCAGCUGUUGUGGGUGCUUCUCUGGCGGCGAAACCGCGAGAUAGAUAGAUUCAGUGUUGGACCGAGGACCAUGGAUGGAUGGAUGGAACAUGCAUGCCCAGUGAUUGUUUGCGCCGAUGAAAGUUCAAUUUGUCCGGAUUUAUUUUCUCUGAAAUAGUAUAUGUUUUUUUUCUCCAUCGGUGAGCCGGUGAUCUUGUCAAUUUGUACAAUAAUCAUUAUAUGCAACCAACUGUGCUUUAAUUUGCUCUGAUAUCAAAA